CCUGGAUUUACUUUCGCGAACGAAAUUCGCGGUAUACAUCGAUCGAUUAGAGAAUAUAGUCCCACUUGAAAAUGAGCAAACUCCCGGGGGUAAAGCAUAAAGUCAUUGGCCUCGUAUCCGGCGGCAAAGACUCGUGUUUUAAUCUCAUGCACUGUGUCGCUAACGGCCAUGAGAUUGUUGCUCUUGCUACGUUAACCCCUGAGCCUGGCAUCGAUGAGCUCGACUCGCACUUGUACCAAUCUGUGGGGACCCAUCUGCUCCCGCUCCUUGCCGAAUCCAUGUCCCUGCCCUUAUACACCAAGGUCAUCCGGGGGAAAGCCAUCUCCCAAGGCGCCGAAUACGGUUCCCGCCUCCGCCUGGGCGCGGGCACUGGCCAAAAAGGCGAUGAGACCGAGGACCUCACAUGCUUGUUGUCCGACGUUCUGGAGGCACACCCGGAAGCGACGGCGUUAUCGUCCGGUGCGAUCUUAUCGACGUAUCAGCGCUUACGGAUCGAGCAUGUCUGUGGCCGGCUGGGUCUCACGAGUUUGAGUUUCUUGUGGCAGAGUGAGCAGUCGCGUUUGCUUGAUCGGAUGCUGGGCAGCGGGGUGGAAGCUGUGAUUAUGAAAGUUGCCGGGGUGGGCUUGGGGGUCGGGGUGGUAGGCAAGCAGUUGGGGCAGAUUAGGCCAUUGUUGGCGAAGCUUGAGGCGCAGUACGGUUCACAUCCGGCCGGAGAGGGGGGUGAGUAUGAGACCCUCACGCUGUCGACCCCGCUAUUCUCGCAUCGGCUAAAGUUGGUCAAGACGGAGACGGUAGUGACGGAUCCGGAACCGUAUACUGUUGCGUACCUCAAAGUGGAAGAGGCGGUAUUGGAACCAAAGGAAGGGUGGGUGAAGCCUACAGUGGAGGAGUUGAGGGGGAUGUUGGGGCUGGAUGAGGAAGGGGAAGAGCAGGUGGGGGUGGAAGGCCUGGACGAGGAGGGGAAAGAGAGAUUGGAAGAGUUGGGCGAGAGGGAGAUGGAAGACGUACGGAAAGAGGGAGGCGGGGUGGAGCUGGUGGAAUGGAGUGCAGGAGGCGUGGGCGUGGGCGGGGGAGAGGUGCAGUUUGUGAAAAAGAAGAGGUGGUUCACCGCCAGCGUGCAAGGCGUUAGCCUCUCCUCUGAAGAUGUAGGCCAAGAACUUGAAAAAUGCUUCAAAGCUAUUUCCUCCAAACUGCAAUCGGAAAACCUCUCCCUCCCCCUCCACUCGACUCACAUUACCCUCCUCCUCUCCUCCAUGUCUCUCUUCCUCCCCGCGAACGAAAAGUACAAGACGUAUUUCGGUACGAGCCCUCCCUCCCGCGCGACUGUUGCUGUGCCCCUUUCGUCUGGGAGGGUGCGCGUAGAGGUCAUCGGGUUUGACGAUACCCCUCUUCCCACGCCAUCUUCUUCCGAUGGCGAAGGGAGAGGUUCGAUAGGAAAUCGGUCAGCGCUCCACGUACAAGGAUUGAGUUACUGGGCGCCGGCCAACAUCGGCCCAUACUCCCAAGCUGUCCUUGUCGCCUCCCGCCUUCAUCUCGCCGGCCAAAUCCCACUUAUCCCCGCGUCCCUCACUCUGCCGCUCGCACCGGCCUUACCGAAAUCGCCGUACCCGCAUCAGGCGACGCUGGCGUUACAGCAUGUAGGGAGGAUAGUGCAAGCGCUGAAGAGUCGGAAUGCGACAGGCGGUGGGUGGGAAGGGUGGGUGGAAGGUGCGGUGGGGUGGUGGGCGAAGAGUGGGGAUGGGGAGAGCGGGGAAGGGGUACAGGUUACGAGAGAUGCAUGGAGAAUAUGGACUCGGCGUAAUGGAGGGGAGCGUGCGCCGAUAGCGUUUGUUCAGGCGAAAGAGUUGCCCAAGGGAGCGUUGGUAGAGUAUCAAGUGAAUUUGCAUACCGGACGACGGGACUAUACUACCCAGGCCGCGAAAGAAGAUGAAGGAGAUGAUGAGGAGGAGCUUGAGCCUGUGUACGAGAGUGGGAAGGGACAAGGGGUAUGGUGGGAAAGCUGUCAUACGAGUGGGAAAGUACAGCGAGGAAGUCGGGGCUUGGUUUUUGUGAAAAAUGUCGAUGCAUUCGCCAGCCUCUCCCAGCAUAGAGAAUCCGAUCGCAAACUGGGGUGUUUACUCUCCAAAGCAGUGUCUAUUCGCGUCUACCACCUGGCCCAUCUCGAUCCCGCUAGACUUUCGUCGGUGGUACCGUCACUGGGCGGUGUCUGCACGCUGGUUCCUGUGUUCUCGGUGCAUGACCGGGACGGGGAGAGCGUGCAAGUUGCGCUGGAGGUGUUUGGGGAGUAGCAGUAGUAUAAUGGUGCAUG